AUGCCGGGUGUGUACGCAAAGCCGCCAAAGCGGUCGGAACUGUCGAAAGAGGUGACCUUCAUCCUCUCAUUACUGGAGAAAAAACGAAGAGAAGGGGCCUGGGCGGAGGUGAUGAAUACAUGUGUGGCGAUGCUUCUUGAUUUGUUCGCGGCAGAAAGGUCGAAAGCACGAGCAGAAGCAAUACAUGAGAAAGAGAAACAUGACCGCGAGAGAGCAAAGGGUGCAGGGACCGGGGGGCAACGAGAAAUACCUUUGUCCGAAUUCGAGGCCAGAAAAGAGAGAGACGUUGCAGAGGUGUUUUUUGUGGGCGGCGUCCACGCAGUAUUCUGCGAUAUCCUGCAACAUGCGAGCGGCAAUAGCGAGAUCGGCGACAUCAUGCCAAUUCUGGCGGUCAGUCGCAUGGCAGCAGUCUUCGACCGUGAUCAUUGUCAGAUCUUAACUGAAGGUCUACAACGCCUAGAAGGCCUCUGGACAUCUCCAAAAGGACUUACACACAUUGCCCAGACUCUUGCCUCAGUGGCACUCUUUGGUCUCGGCCCCCCUCUAGUCUCUGCGCUGAUACCGGCAUCUCUGCUCUGGGUAGGGGCUUCGAAUCUCAUACGAGAAACAAGGUGUCCUUGCUCACCUUGUGAACUCCAGCGACGACUGCUAAAAAUCAGCCGUAACAGAGAUGAAAUCGGAGUAGUGCAAGCGGCCAAAGACAAAAAGCAAAUUUGUGUCUCGCUUGUCCGAGGUGGUGGCCCGGGCCUCCUUCGACAAAUCUUCCGAACAGCAGCUGAACUGAGACGACGAACGAGUAGCGUCUCUGAACAGAAGACCGAGGAUCCCACCAGCACACAAGACCAAUGCUACCUCGACCAGGCACUUCAGUUUGCCUCGUGGACGCUCCUGCUAUGCUCUUGGCCAUACGAAGAGGUGCACGGUGGAGAAAGUAUUUUGGCGUACGAUAAAUGCUCGUUGCUAGAUGCUGCCCUGGAAUGCUUUCCAGUCAGUGACGCGGGCUUUCUUGAGUCUGCUUCUUCCUUGACCCUUCCUGGAGCGAGCUCUCUACUCUCUGUUCUCCUACAUUUACUACUGAGACUGCCACAAAAGGCACGGACUCCACUUGCUAAGAAGAUCAAUCUCGUUUUUCGGCCGGUACUUCAACAUUUAUCUAGAAGAAUCGCGGAGAGAGAUCCCUACCCCGCUUCGGCGAAGUUCUUUGCUGAGUCUGCGGACACUGUGUCCAAUACGCCUAGCCAGGGGAGCCAAGGCACAUCAGCGGAAUCUAAAGCUGUGGGCGUUAAAGAGCAACACCCUGCUGACGCACAGCCAACGGUCGAGUUCUUGCUGCUCACCCCGUUGUUUAUGGGACUGUUGCAGUCCAUGUUUGCUGAGGAACUCAACGAGCGAACUCCUUGCAAGAAAGAGAGCCUUCAAAACGCGUCUGAGAAGGAACCUCACAGCCCUCGCGCAGCCACAACUGAUGAAAUUAAUGUCACAGCAGACCCGCAAACGCACGCGCUUGUUGGUUUAGGCAUAGCCGCUUGCCAGUCUCUUCUCGACAUGUAUGAAUACUUGAGGCCACUCCUGAAUACGUGGGAAGGUCUGGAGUCGCAGCAUUGUUUCGUCGAGCACAAGGGCACCAAAGAACCCGCUACACAGAAGCCGUUUUUGCCGUCUAGGGAAUGUCUGCCUCCCUCAACAACUGUUAGCCUAAUGCCCGGUUUCGACUUCAGGGGAUUUUACUACAGCCUGGUCAGCGCCAUGCUGACGCUUCUGGGAGGCAUGCUGUUGCAGUCUCUACCGGAAAGAAGAUGGAGAUUUGCGGAAAACCCUGCGGCGAAGGCUGGUGGCUCAGCGGCGAUAGGGGGUCUCGCAUCAGCUGCAAGGAAACUUCUAGAUUUUCAAAAGAAGGAGUUGAGUGAAGGCUGCUCUUACAUCAAGAACGCUGCCAAUAUCGUGAUCCUUCGCGCUGAGCAAGCGUCGGCUCUGCUUCUAAGAGAGGAAGCUCAACUCAAGACCCACAAAAUGCAUGUUGUCGAUGGUGACUCGUGGGCAGACGAAGAGCAUGGCAGCGAUUUCAGAAGAACGCUAUACAACCAUGAGAAUGAACCUUGUGAACAAGGCGUGGUAUCCAGAGAGCCUCGGAAAGAAAGGGAUCCUUGAACAACGCCAUGUGUAGAUUCUACAGAGACCGGAUACAAGUCCUCGGCAGACUGAGGUGUGUCUGUGUGACUAUUGAAUAUUUCCGCGGCUACAAGUCUAAUGCAGUAGACUGGCGUAAACACUGAUUUCUUCGAAUGCAGGCUGCGUUGCAGCAUCUUUCACGUUGUGUCCGAAAAAACUUGAAAACUUUAACUGAUUUUGCUUGGACAAAGCGGGAUCCGGAG